GAAAAAGGUCUGAUAUCCAAUUUUUCGGAGCUCGUCUAUGAACCAUGCAUAAGGAUUAGAAGGACGUAGAUGACGUAUAACUACAAGAAAACCCCUAUCAGCUUGCGCCUGAGUUUCGUCCCUCGCCGAAGUCAAGUCAGAGGGAAUUGGACAGGAGUCAAAACGCUAUUUUGGCAUCACACCAGUAGGGAUAUGUCAAGGAGCCAGGAAACAUUUGAGACAGUCUCAACCCUCAUCAUAGCUUCGUCAGCUGGAUCUGGACAGGAGCACGAGACGCAUCUGUGGCAGAUAUUGUUUUGUCCCUCGCCGCAGUCAAAUCAGAGGGAAUCGGACAGGAGUCAAAACGCGGUUUUGGCAGUCUCAUCUCUCGCCGCAGUCACACCAGUAGGGAUUUGUCUGGGAGCCAGAAGGCAUUUGAGGCUGCUUGGUCAGCUGGAUCUGGACAGGGAGCAAGAGACGCGUCUGUUUUUCGUCCCUCGCGGCAGUCAAGUCGGAGGGAAUCAGACAGGAGUCGGACGCUAUUUUGGCAGAGUUUUCGUCCCUCGCCGCAGUCAAAUCAGAGGGAAUUGGACAGGAAUCGGGACGCAGUUUUGGCAGCAGUCUCGUAGCUCGCGAUAUUCACACCAUCAGGGAUUUGUCCAGGGGUAGGAAGACAUUUGAAUCAGGAGCCGGCUGGAUCUCGCCCGUAUUUCUGUUUGGAAAGUAACCCUCGCCGAAAUUACAUUCUGGAGUCCUUGGGAGAUUCCAUCGCAUCGGGUUGCAGGAUCCUGAAACUUCCGAGUGCAAAGUAACUUAGCGUGUAUCUGGAUAGAAGGAACAUGGCCCAGUCAGACAGCAUGGGAUUACCCUUAGGAACCAAGAAAGGAGCUUAAGGCUGAGAGUGUUUUAUCUAUUUUUGUGUUGGACUUGUUUUGGCCCAUGAUGUCUUCUGCGUGUUUUGGAGAGUCAGCCAUUGCAGCAAGGACCCCAAAGGAGAGCUGUGGUUGAUAAGGACCCAUAAUCGCGUAUCAUGUGUCGUGUUUAAUGUACUUAUUCUAUGCUCCAGUUUGGGAGAGUCGGUAGCAAAAAGGACCCCUUAAUUUGGGAGAUCUGUAUAUGGCAAGGACCCCUUAAUUUGAGAAAGCUGUAUAUGGCAAGGACCCUUUUUACGUUUCCCUCGCCGCAGUCGUGUACGCCGGAAUUAUUAAAAAUUCUUUUUUUUUCCUCACAGUCGUGUCCAGCCAGGCGCGUUUGUGUGGGCAGAAGCC